CUUCCUCUCCUCCCCUGAUAACAGUCUGUUGGCGUUUCUAACUUCUGUUCUGACUUCGAAUGGCGUCUGGCGAUGCUCGUCUUCCGCCGGUCGGGACGUUGAUGCGUAUCUCGUACCGUUAUCGCAAUGAUCGCGACCUAUUUUUGGGCCACCGUCGCGAUUUCCGUCGUCUCCUAUUCCGUGCUAAAUUUUGACCAAGUCAGGGAGUUUUUCGCCGGUCGCUUCCAACGGCGAGCGGAGGCCGGGGACGCCGGAGGCCGCCUCUUCACGGUGGAGGAGCUCGCCGCUUUCAACGGGGACCAACUCUACCUGGCCAUCCUGGGAAGUGUCUUCGACGUGACCAAAGGAGCGAGGCAUUACGAACCCGGAGGAGGUUACCACGGGUUUGUUGGAAGAGAUGCGAGCAAGGCUUUCAUCACUGGCGAUUUCACCGAAGAGGGUCUCACGGAUGACAUCUCUACUCUUACUCUCUCUGACUUAGGUGCUCUUAAUGAUUGGCUUAAGUUUUAUCAUAAGGAUUAUGAGUACAAAGGAAAGCUGAUUGGAAAAUUUUAUGAUGAGAAAGGCCAAAACACAGCUUAUUUAAAUGAAAUACUCGAGAAAAUUAAGGUUGGUGAGCUAGAGAAGAAAUCUGUUAAAGAGUUGGAACACAAGUACCCGCCUUGUAACAUUGAAUGGAACCAGGAGAAAGGGUCACGGGUGUGGUGUUCAAAACAAAGUGGUGGUGUCAAGAGAAGUUGGGUGGGAUACCCGAGGAAGUUUUUUCAACCUGGAAAAAAGACAUUUCGCUGUGCUUGUGUUAAGACCUUUGACGUUUCCGGUGAUAAUAGGCAAGGAAGCUUUGAACGUUAUGAAGGCUGUAAAGUCGAUUCUGAAAGUUGCUACAUAAAAGAAAAGUGAUAACUUCUCUACCUGUUUAUGUAAAUUAUGUUAAUUCCACUGUAAUUUAGAUUGGCAGCUGUGCUUAUUAUUUAUAAGUCCGUCCAACCUGUAUUUCUUCAUCACCCUUUCAAUACAAAUCGUAUUAUACACAAUUUUUUAUUUGAUAAAAGUAUGUGUUUUUUGUUUAAUAUAUAAGUUGUAUAUUUUUAUAGUAGCAAAUUAAAAUAUAUUAUAAAUUAAAAAAAAAAAAAAUGUCUACGUUCCUUCUAUUAUCUUAAGCAGGACUUAUUUUGUACAGUACUCACAAGCAGAGAAGAAUCUUACAGUUAUUUUCUGUGUCCUUUGAUGAAUUUUUGACAUGCCUCUGUCCUGUGCCCCCUUCAACAGAGGACUUAAUCCUCCUAUGAUGAUGAUGAUGAUGAAUACUAGGAAGUGGGGUUUGUGCUUCCCAGUGCAAUCUUUUUUUUAUAUUUUUAAUUUUUUUAAAAUGUUUUAAUCAAAGGUUAUGUUUCUAUUGUCUGCUCCAAUCUGUUUUUGGCAAUGUGGUAUGCCACAAAAGGAUUCAGGGCCAAUAAGUCUCUUCGUCAAACUUUUUUUUGGCUAAUUCAUCGACCUCAUCAUUGCCACUCUGCACUGUGAGCCCUGGCCCUGGUACCCAGACAAGGGUAAUUUUGUCCUUUACCUCAAUGUCUGACAGGGCAACAACUGGCCUUUUCUACUGGUGCGGUAAUUGCCCUCAGCGUCGCCUAGCUUUCUUCUAUUAACACCUUUUCUUCUCAUAGUUGUGUAACAUAUUAUUUCCAGAAAAAAUACGAUAUUUGAUUGUAGACUGUGCUUUGUAGAUAAUAAAAUACAUAAAUAUGCAAAUUUUA